AUGUCCAACCCGAGAAUAGAAGAGCUUCCGGACGACGAGCCCGAUAAGAAGGCAGCAGCUGAGGACGCAUCCAGCUCGUCCGACUCCGAACCUGAAGCGACUGGUGAAGGAGACGCGAACAUCCCAGCCGGAGCUUCAGUCGCAGUUCACAGCCGAAACGAGAAAAAGGCACGAAAGGCAAUUGGCAAAUUGGGCUUGAAGCAUGUCCCGGGUAUCACACGGGUGACGCUGCGAAGACCGAAAGGCAUCCUCUUCGUGAUCUCCAACCCUGACGUCUACCGCUCGCCAACCAGCAACACCUGGAUUAUCUUUGGUGAAGCCAAGAUCGAAGACCUCAACUCGCAAUCCCAAGCCGCCGCCGCUCAACAGCUCGCAGCUGCUGAAGCCGCCAACGCAGACCACUCCGGCCAUGAUCAUGCACAUGAGAACGGCAAGGGCAAGGCAGUCGAGGACAAGAAGGCGGACGAGGAGGAAGACGACGAUGAGGAAGUGGACGACAGCGGCCUUGAGGCUAAGGACAUCGAACUCGUCAUGACCCAGGCGUCAGUGUCGAGGAAGAAAGCUGUCAAAGCUCUGAAGGAAAACGGCAACGACAUAGUCAACUCUAUCAUGGCGCUAAGUGUAUGA